CCUCUCCCCAACCGCAGGGGGUCAGUGGACCUGAGCUGGACAAUGAUCAGAGUGAGCCCGUGGAGGAUGCUGCAAGUCUGCCAGUGGUAGACACUGUCACAGACACUGAGGGGACAUAAUCAUCACUCAGUAGAUGAGCCAGACGACAGGAAUGAGUUUAUUUUGAGAGAUGAGGCGGAGAGUGGCGCGAACAUAGAAGCUCCAGUCUGAGACGAGGCUUCAGAGGGCAGGAUGGGAAAUUCAGAGAGCCAGUACAGCAUUCAGGGUCCCAAAGGCACCAGCUUGAUCUUCCCCGGGAAACAGAAGCCAUAUUCAUUAAAGCUAGGCUCAGCCAAAGGUGAUGCUCUGUCUCCUCAUUCGUGGUGGAAAAACGCUCCAGUAGGCUCGGGGUACAAGGCCAGGUGCGUCGGCCGCGGCUGUCUGUCGCCUCCUAAAAGCCGACAGCCUUACUCCGCCCGGCUCUGCGACUACGUCUCCAAAGGAGUGAGGGGAAGCCCGGCUCAGCACCGCUGGCAUCGGUCCCCUGGAUGCGGCAUAAGGAAGCGGCACAUGUCAGAUGAUGAUAAUCCAUACGGGGUUGAACUCAACGGGCACGCCCUGAACGGAGAUGACGACGAGCACGGGGAUUUAGGGGAACAAAGCAGCCCGCGGGUGGUGAUCAAAAAGGACGGCACGCUCAGGGUGGAGUUCACCAACACCUCUGGGAAUCCUCUCCACCUGGAUGAGGCCACUGGCCCGGUCCAACUCCUCAAGUUCUCCCCCAAUGUGGAGUCGGCAUCGACUCCCAGUCUGCCCGGGUCCAGUGGCGCUCCGCUUCCAGCCUCUACUUCCUCCACAGCCAGAACCAGCAAAGGCAGCUCGCUGAGCUCCGACGGCUCCUGGUAUGACUCCCCCUGGGGGCUGAGCGCAGAGCUGUGUGAGCAGGACCAGCCUUGCUCCGCCAGCAGAACGUUAGCACACUCCCCCAUUCACCAAAUUGUCUCCUUUGCAGAACAGUCCCCCCCUUUGUCCAUCACAGAUCUGUACAAAGACCCCACAAUGGCUGCGACUUUCCCCACAGCCAGGGACUUGUCCUCCCAGUUACACGAGCCGCCGCCGGGCCAGAGGCCGCACCGAGCGUCCUUUGCGUCCAUCCUGGACGUUCCUUUGGAAGAAGAAUGCCCAGAGCCCCGCCAGUACUCUUCGUACACCCUGCCCUGUCGCAGGCCCAAAUCGCACACCGUCAGCGAGAACCUGCACCAGUACGGUGACCAGGGGCAACGGCAGGAACAGGUGGGGCUGGAUUUCAUCUUCCAGAAGAAAGACUCCAUCAAAAACCGCAUCAGACGCUUCAGCGACUGGACGGGCAGCCUCAGCCGCAAGAAGAGGAAGUCUCAGUCUCAGGAACCCCGCUACAAGGACCUGAGUGAUACCUUUGACAGUGGGGUGGAUGGUCUGACUGCAGACACCAGCUCCCCCUCCCAGGUCUCCAGCCUCCUCUGGUUUCCCGGAGCCUCCAGGGCCCAAUCUUCAGGAGCCAUUCACCAAACGACCAACGAUGCCCUUCGCCAGAACAUCUACGAAAACUUCAUGAGGGAGCUGGAGACGGGUACCGGGCAGGGGGGAGGCGAGAGAAGAGUGCCGUCCACCGGCACCGAGGAAGACGAGAGCAGCAGCGAAUCUGCCGAAGGCUCGCUCGAGCAGCUCGACCUGCUGUUUGAAAAAGAGCAGGGGGUGGUUAGGCGGGCCGGCUGGCUUUCCUUCAAACCCCUCGUUACCCUGCACAAGGACAGGAAGCUGGAGCUGGUGACGCGGCGCAAGUGGAAGCAGUACUGGGUGACCUUGAAAGGCUGCACGUUGCUGUUCUAUGAAACUUACAGCAAAGGCUCUCCGGAGCAGGAGCUGUCGCCCCGCUACGCCCUCCUGGCCGAGGACAGCAUCGUGCAGGCUGUUCCUGAGCAUCCCAAGAAGGAGAACGUGUUCUGCCUCAGCAACUCGUAUGGAGACGUCUACCUCUUCCAGGCGAGCAACCAGACCGACCUGGAAAACUGGGUGACGGCGAUCCACUCCGCGAGUGCCUCACUGCUGGCCAAGCGGCAGGGGAAGGAGGAUACGGUGCGGCUGCUGCGGAGCCAGGUGCGCGCUCUGCUGCAGAAGAUCGACAUGGACGGGAAGAUGAAGAAGAUGGCCGAGCUGCAGCUGACCGUAGUCAGCGAUCCAAAGAACCGCAAAGCUAUCGAAAACCAGAUCCAGCAGUGGGAGCAGAACCUGGAGAGAUUCAACCUGGAUCUCUUCAGGAUGCGCUGCUACCUCGCAAGUCUGCAGGGCGGGGAGCUGCCCAACCCGAAGAGCCUGCUCGCCAUCGCCGGCCGCCCCACCAAAACCACCCUGGGACGCCUGGGGAUUUUCUCCGUCUCCUCCUUUCAUGCGCUGAUCUGUUCCAGAGACGAAGCCACGGUCAGGAGGCGCUCCCUGUCCCUGACUCACAGGCAGCGCAAACGAGGCCUGUUCUCCUCCCUGAAAGGCCUCGACAACCUCACGAGGAGAGGCCGUGACAAGAGACCUUCUGUCUCACAGACGCACGCUGACUCUCUCUCUCCACAAUCUCUCUUUCCAGAUGUUUGUACUGCAGCUGGCGGUGGCGAAUCUCCGUACGUAGGACUGGAGGAUGGUCGCUCCCACUGCGCACACAGGCCCGUUCAGCACAGCAAGAGCGUGGACACAGUGUGCACUCUCUACCACUCCUUCCAGGAAGGGUCGGGCUCGGGCGGCGGGGGUGUGAUGGAUGACGGCGGGGAACCCUCGGUGAGGCAGGGAGGGGAUUUGGGCUCGAGCCCUACGGGAGACGCUGCCCUGCUCAGACCUUGCCCCAAGCAUAUGACGGCCACAGAGAGGUUACGCAAGGUCAUCCAGGAGCUGGUGGACACGGAGAAGUCCUACGUGAAGGACCUGACCUGUUUGUUCGAGAUCUACUUGAAACCUCUACAGGACGAAACCUUCCUCACACUGGAUGAGAUGGAGAGUCUGUUUGGCAGCCUGCCUGAGAUGCUGGACUUCCAGAGGGUCUUCCUGCAGACCUUGGAGGAGAGAAUUGCCUCGUCACCUGACUUUAGCACGCUGGAGACGCCCUCGCAGUUCAAGAAGCUGCUGUUUUCCCUCGGGGGUUCGUUCCUCUACUACGCCGAUCACUUCAAGCUCUACAGCGGCUUCUGUGCCAACCACAUCAAGGUCCAAAAGGUCCUAGAGAGAGCCAAGACGGAUCAGACCUUCAAAGAGUUCCUCGACGCCAGGAACCCCACCAAGCAGCACUCCUCCACCCUGGAGUCCUACCUGAUUAAACCAGUGCAGAGGGUGCUCAAGUACCCCUUGCUGCUGAGGGAGCUGGUCUCCCUUACCGACGGCGACAGCGAGGAACACUACCACCUCACCGAGGCCCUGAAAGCCAUGGAGAAGGUGGCCAGCCACAUCAACGAGAUGCAGAAGAUCUACGAGGAUUACGGCUCCGUGUUCGAUCAGCUUGUUGCCGAGCAGACUGGCCACGAUAAAGAGGUCACAGAGAUCUCUAUGGGAGAGUUUCUCAUGCAUUCCUCUGUGGUCUGGCUCAACCCUCAUCCGUCGCUGGGCCGCAUGAGAAAAGACCCCGAAAUGACCGUGUUCGUGUUCAAGAAAGCAGUGAUAUUGGUCUGCAGGGAAAACAACAAGCUGAAGAAAAAAAUGGCCAACCCUCGUUCGGCGCUCUCUCACGGAGAUUCGGACCCCUUCAAGUUCCGCUGGCUCAUCCCGCUCUCGGCGCUGCAGGUCAGGUUGGGAAAUACUGCAGGAACAGGUACGCAGAGCAGCUGUAUCUGGGAGCUGAUUCACUCCAGGUCUGAAGUGGAGGGGAGGCCAGAGACCGUCUUCCAGCUGUGCAGCAGUGUGCCUGAGAGCAAGGUCAGCAUCAUCAAGGUGAUCCGCUCCAUCCUCAGGGAGAACGUGAGGAGGAACGUGAAGGGCGAGGGCACGCUGGAGAGGAGCUGUAAGGAGCACCUGGCUCCUCUGAGGAGCACCCUGCCUUCCUCCGCCAGGCUCGGUUCCUCCAGAGCUUCCUGGUUGUUCAAGCAGCCGCCUGCAGAGCUCUCUACCCAGGGCGAGACUCCGAAGCUCGGGCCAGACUCUGACGAGGGAAGCCUGAGCAGUGGAACCUACAGUUUGUCCGGGGCUCCUCCGGCCCGCGUGUCCUCCGACUCGCCCAUCUCUCCAGUCCAGCAGAACUGGUCUCAGACGCACGGCUCCAACUCUCAACCCCGCUCCACCUCUGUGAAAGAGUCUGACAUUUUGAGCGACGAGGACGACGACGGCUUUAGCGAGGGGGGGACGAGGAGGGACAGCGGAGACAGCGGCUCCCCGACUAGUGCAAUUGAAGCUCAGUUCCUCCAACUUAAACUGUCGGAGGAUUCUGCGUCAGAAGGUGCGCCGGCCCCCCGCGUUCAGCCCGAGGGCGUUGGCGACACCCCGGAGAUGCAACCCAAACUAGUGCGAGGCCACUUCACCGCCGUUAAGAGGAAACCGUGCAGUUUCAGGAGGAGCCCGGGAGCCCUGUUGAAGAUGAAGGAGCAGAGCAGGUCACUGGACGGCCAGACGGAUGCAGCGCUGCCGUGUGGAGCCGUGGACCUCAACACGUUGCUGGAGAGAGAGUUCAGCGUCCAGAGUCUGACCUCGGUAGUGAACGAAGACUGUUUCUAUGACCCAGCUGAGAGCGGAGCCACCGGCGCCUCGUCUCAGGUGUCAGCGUAGACGGGGCAGACGUAUGCAGUACCUGGGCUACGUUAGUGGCGAUGACUGCGAAGCUGUGCAUGAACUUCAAUACCUUACAGAUUUAAGUCUCGCACUCGCCCACACAAGGUUAGAUGCAAACAAUGUGUUCAGCUCGUCGGCUGGGACUGCGGCUUUCUUCCCCUUGAGAGGCAAAGCGCAGUGAUUUCUGUCCCAGUGAUAACGACUACAAUGAAUCUGCCAAGCACUGAUGUGUGUCUGCAUCGUCCUCAGCUCUCCGAGCUCUGCCUCCUCCCCACAAACCAUCAGUGCGACGUGCUCCAUUCACGUUUGCCCCGCAGCUGCUGCUGAUUGGCAGUUUUUAUUCGGUUCUUGACCUUUUUCACGAAGAAUGUCCUCGUCUGUCACUCCCAAACGUUGAGAGGCGGUGAAAUCCACAGGACACCGAGUUGAGUUUCUCAGGCAGACACUGGCGAUUCGGCAAAGCUUGCCAGGCAACAGGCUUUUGUAUCGAUUCUGUGAAACCAAAAGAAAACGAUUAAUACACCGAACGCUGUGUAACAAAUAUGAAAGGAGGCACUGAAGAAGAAAAAGGUGACACAGACGCACCCAAAGAGCUGCAAUGGUGAAGUGAGACUUCCUGAGAACAGGAGGCAUCGGCUCAGGAAGGAGGCCGACUACAACUACGCCUUUAUUUGCUGUAUUUUGUGCACUAAGAGUACACUGUUUGCCUACAUAUUUGAAAUAUCUGUACAGGUUGUAUUGUUAUUACUGCUGUUUUUAAUUUAUUUCUGGGUUUCAUUCUGUUUAUUUUAACCUCUUUGGGUUAAGGCUUGAACUCGAGGCUACAGAUUCGGUCGACUCUUAAAUGAGAGAGAGCAGUUUGAGAGUUAAUCACUUCAUUUUUAAAUGCAGCUACUGGAUUUGGUUGUGUUUCGCUCAAGAUUGUAAUUUCAUGCAUUGGGAUGUACGUGUUUUUACUCAGAUUUAAACUGCAAUAAUGUUUAAAACCCGAUGAUUUUAAUGUUUGUAUGUAUCCUGUAUAUAUAAUCUUUUCUAUCUUUGAUACGUUUAUGUAUACUCAUACAUACUUGACACUGUACAGAAACGAAACAGGAUCUUGCAGUAACACAGUUGAUAUUUUUGUAAAGAGCGUUUGCCGUUACAUUAAGUACAUGUUUGUACUAAAAAAAGAAAAAAGGCAAACCACUACCUGCUUUACUAC